UUUUCUCAUUCUGUUUUGCUGUUGUUAGCAGCUACACAUGUUGCGAGCUGUUUAGCUUCAGCUUGAGAUCCCAAAAUGUAUUUUGGAUUUUGUGUGAGAGUGCUUGUGCUCUCACUGUUGACUUUUGGGCAGCAUGUAAAUGCACUCGGUGACAGUGCAAAAGGUGUCAUCCAGACCAAAGCUGGCAUGUGGGAUUUUGUCUCUCCCGAGAAUGGAAAAAGAUUUGAAUCUGGUAUUUCUUCAAGUAGGGGAAUUGUUAUUAAAUCUGGUCCUCAGUCCCCUUUCGAGCCCCCGCCAUCAGGUUACCAGCCCCAGCAUCCCAGCUACCAUUCCCCGUCCGUUUACCAUACCAAGCCCCAGAAGCCCGGCUCCCCGUCCGUUUACCAUACCAAGCCCCAGAAGCCCGGCUCCCCGUCCGUCUACCAGCCCAAGCCCCAGCAGCCGUCCGUCUACCAGCCCAAGCCCCAGCAGCCGUCCGUCUAGCAGCCCCAGCAGCCGUCCGUCUACCAGCCUAAACCCCAGCAGCCGUCUGUCUACCAGCCUAAACCCCAGCAGCCGUCCGUCUACCAGUCCAAACCCCAGCAGCCGUCCGUCUACCAGUCCA